AUGACUCCUGGGAGGACUUUACUGUUGUUACUACUGCUGCUCCUGAGUCUGGUGGCUACAGUGAAGACAAGAAUAAUCCCACAAAGUCCAGUGUGCCCAAAUUCUGAGAACAACAGUUUCCCCCAGAAUGUGACCGUCAACCUGACCAUCAUUAACCAGAAUACAGAUCUCCAAAAGUCUUCAGAUUACUCCAGCCGAUCCACCUCACCUUGGCGUCUCCACCGCAAUGCCGACCCCGAGAGAUAUCCCCCUGUGAUCUGGGAGGCGAAGUGCCGCCACUUGGGCUGCAUCACUGAUAGGAAUGAGGUGGACCACUCCAGGAAUUCCGUCCCCAUCCAACAAGAGAUCCUCGUCCUGCGGAGGGAGUCUCAGCACUGCCCCCACUCCUUCCGGCUGGAGAAGAUGUUGGUGACCGUGGGCUGCACCUGCGUCAACCCCAUAGUCCGCUAUGUGGGCUAA